GUAUUAAAGUGCUAAAAACCUCCCUAAAGUAGUAAAAUAGGACCAGAGCAUGCUGUGUUAGGGUAAAGCCAGUUAAGCAGGUCAGGGCAUGCUGCAAGUACCUGUAUGCUAAUGUUGUCCUUGCUGUGGAGACAAAUCUGCACUGGAACAGCAGGCCAUCAGAUCUGGAUUUACCCACAACAGUAAUGAAAAGAUGCAUUGCUCUCAGAUUUACAUAAACAUCCAUUUAGUGAAUAGUGUGAAUUAAAGGUUGAGUGCCCAACGACUGUCAGCAUUACAGGCUCAAAGCCCAUGAGUGCAGGAUUAUCACAUUUACAUGGAGGUGUUUAAACACUCUGAGCCAGUGAUUAACAUUUACACCAGUAGGACAAGCUUCUUUUAUUCUACCAGAUGACAAGCAGCCCAAAAAAGUGGUUUGGUUGUUUAGGCGAUGCAAUUCUAAAACAAUCACGUGAAAGAAAAAGGAGUGAUAUGAUAGAUAUUGCCUGCAUUUAAGUCAUUUUGAAUACCACACUCAAAUGCCUCAUAACUGAUUCAAAAAGUACUCAAUUCAUUUAAUUCACAGACUAUUGAUUAAAGGCUGAAGAAGAAAUGAAACCACAGAUUCAAAUGUGAUUAUUUGAAGGCAUUCUAAUUAUUCUAGAGUGGUAAACACAAUAUAUCUUUAUUGUUUUUAAGAUCAUGCUUUUGUCUGCACAUUGCUGACAAAAAAUCAUAGUAGACAGACAACAUGCUAAGGCGAAGCAUUAAGAUAUAAACCAACUCAAAGCCUAAGCAUGAUGUCAUUUCAGCAUCAAAUAAAUACAUGUGACGUUUAAAAUUAACCUUAUUUCUACGAGACAGUGCCUGAAACCACAAUAUCAAGUUUAAAGUGAGGAAUGUUUAUCGUUUAUUGAUUUAAAUUCAAUGUAUGUGACUGAUGUAUCCUAUCUCACAUCUCUUGCAGCUGUGUUCAUCUGCACAAGAAGGAGGGUCUGUAAAAGAGCUGCGUGUGAGUCCUGCGCUCUGAUUGGCUCAUUCAGACACGAUGCACGGUAACUGGCAGCAGGGCGCGGAGCUGUAAAAGAAGGCGAGCAAGACUAAAGAGUCACUCAGCACAUCCACCUCUGUUCAGGAGUCAGCUGCAGGUCCCCUCACACCGUAGCACCUUCUGAAAGAACCGGGACGCUUAACUCUGCUUAUGGGAUAUAUGACCUGCUUUGGACAGAGAGUGCCAUAUCAGAAAAUCUGAGUUUUACAAAUGAGAGGAGAAGAAAUGCUCUGCCUGCCAGACUCAGGCGACUGCUUACGGGAGCAGAUGCAGUACAUGAUGAGGUCACUGCAAGACCUGAAACAACUUCGGAGAACUUGCCCUGCAGCCAGACGCCCCCUCAGCACCCAACUCCCAGCGUUAGUGCGCCAUUCUGCAGUGGCUCGGGCCUGUCAGCAGCGAGCGUUGCAGCGAGAGCAGCGCACACGCCUGAGGAUAUCUGAUGCCAGCACGGCCAGCACAUACGACUCGGCCUGCUGCCUGGCGAGUCCCCUGGAGGAGGAUGACUCAAGCCUGAGCCUCAGACUGGGUCUGGGUUCUCCCAGCAGUCACAAAAGUUUGGAGUUUGAUUCAGGGUACUCCGAGGCAUCAUGGCAGGAUGAAGCUGUGGUUCUCAGGAGGACGAGGAACGUGCGGGUGUCCUCUUCAGCCUGCCUCCGUACAAACAGAGCUCCAAGUGGUCGCAUCCGACCCAAAUCCACAUCUGACGCCUGUCUAGAGAGUUGGACAUCGUUUGAUGCCAGCAACCAAGAUGAUUGGACAAACUCUUUAUUGACCAGGGGACGCAACCGCCAACCUCUGGUUCUGGGUGACAACAGCUUUGCAGACCUCGUACAGAAUUGGAUGGACUUGCCAGAAUGUCCUGAGCCCACUGAGCUGAAGCCAAAUGUAGGAAAUAGAGCGGGGAGAGGUUUCUUUGUCAACAUGAGGAGGAAACUGGCUGGGUUUUCUAAAAGUGUUGAGGACAAAGUGAGGAUGAGAUCCACAGACUCUGCUCACAUUGACAGAACUGCAAAUGCUGCUAAACGUCUGUCCUGUCCUGUUGCGGUAUCUCAGUCCAAAGUCCCCUUUUUCCACCAGUCUCACUCAGGCCUCAAUGAGAUGGACCCAGACUUUUACAGCUUUGCAGCCCUCAUGAAAUCACGCUGCAGACAGCCUUUAAUCUGCAACAAAAUCAUUGGCUAUGUCUGACACAAAGCCACGUAUAGACUGGACAAUCCUCAGAGACACUUCAUAUUUUAUAUGACUGUUUCUCACUUUAUAUAUGCUGUGACUUUGCUAAAAUGAAUAAAGAUUGUCUCAUAAUUUAAACUCUA